AUGCCGGAAGCCAUGAUCGAUAAAACUACCACAAUUGUGCUCACACGCCCCAUGAUCAUGGUUCUUAACUGGAAGCAACAGUUGCCGCAAUUUGGCCGCGCUGAGUAUGAUGCUAGUGUAUCAAACAAAGAGGUCUACCAGCCUUAUAUCUGCUUGCUGAUAGCCGGCCUAGAAGCCCUAGCGUCUGUGGACAAAGGAUACAAUGACGCUAUCUUGAGAAAUUGA